UCCACCCCAACAAGCUUUGUCCUUGUCCAGCAGUUGUGCAACACCUCCCUGGAUGACCCCCUGCAGUUGCCAGCCCGUUCUCCUGUCGCCUCCUCUUUCCUCUCAGGCUUGGACUGUUAAUUUUGUUGCGAUGGAGACUUUGUCCCUGGAGCACCAGAUCCAGAGCGUGCAGCGACAUAUCGCCUUCCUGAAGAAGGAACAGAUGGAACUGCUCCGUGACCUGCACCUAGAGAUUCUCCGAUUGCAGAAGCACUGCACAGAUCUGACCCAUGACCUUGAGACAAAGGAACUGGAAACUCACCAGCAAGAUGACAUUGAUCGGGAACUGGAGGAGAAGUGCAAGAUCAUGGAAGCCCAGUUGCAUGAGAAGGAGAAGGAUAAUCUGGAGCUGAGGAAGGAGCUCAGACAUAAGGAGACCCUGGUGUCCGCGCUGAGAUGCAAUCUCAGGAACAAGGAGAGGAAAUUCCUUGAGGAGCUGAAGAGAAGAAGCCACCGGGUGACUAUCCUUAACACGGAGGUGCAGAAGCAGACGGAGGCUGCUGCUUAUCUCUCCUUCCAGCUGCAUGCCACCAAACAGAAACUGCAUGGCUCCCGGCAAGGUGGCAAGCCCCCGCCCGACAGGCCUCCGGACAAACCAUUCCCCACGCAGCCUUCCAAUGAGACGAGGCCCAAAAAGCGAAUCCACAAGUCUCACGUUUGGAGGCUGGUGACCGACUGCUCCUAUAGUAAGGGAGUCAUCAAGGACUCCUUCCAGAGGGAGAGGAUGAGCAGCUUCGAAGAGGCAGACCCCAUGCCCGACCCAGCACUUUUUUUAUACACUAAAAGGCACCACGCUCCCCAUCGUCAGAAAUUUGAGCCCAAAGCCCAGGCCCUUAACAGAACAGGGGCUGAUCCGAGUGACAGUGCAGCUGGGGGCUCCAGCCUGCCGAGGCCCUCCUGUCUUCAUUCCCAGGAGCAAGCAGAAGGUAUGAGCACCAGGCCUUCAGCCAAACCCAAGCCCUGGAAGGGUGAGAAAGGCAAACAGCAUGGAUCCAACCCCAGGAAUUCAAAAGGCUUGGAGUAAAAACAAAGAAAGCAGAACAGUGUGGCUGCUAAAUGCAGAAAAUGAGUUUGGCUAUACCAAAAAAGAGACUGGGGCCUACAAAGAUUUCUUCCCCACCAUCCCAUCAAGAAGUAAAAUACUGUCAGUUUGGAUUCCCUCAAGGAGCUAGAAACAAUCUGGCUCGUCUAACAUCUCCAUUCAAGAUGACCAUAGAAUGGCUGUCUUAUCCCAAGGGAUGGUGGGGCAGGGGAGCGGGAGGGCAAGCAGUGCUGAGGGCAUUUUGAAUGUUGUUCUGGAGUUGACUCCAAGAGAAGAUGGGCACAGAUGUGGAACGUGGAGAGAAGGUUUGAGCGUGGAGGGAACGGUUAUUAACAAUUGUCUAGAGCUUCCCUUUCGUAAAAAUUAAGAUUUCUGAGACUCAAAUCUCUUACCGUUA